AUGAGUCAAAUUUUUUUAUCACUUAAUAACGACAACGUAUUUUCUGGCAUUAUUCCAAACGAAACAUAUUGGUAUAAUGACAUUAGAAAUUUUCAACCAAGACGGCUGGACACGACAUACCUAGAAUGGGCGGUAUUAUUUCUAGGAUGGUAUAUCAUUCUAUCCGCAGUUCCUAACUUAUGGAUAGAUUAUGAUUUAUGGAAUGCAUUUGUAAAUCGCGAUACCACCUCUCGACCGUUGAAAGUUACGAAGGAGGAACAACGGGAGGCUCGAGAUAUUACCUCGUUUCCAUACCAACCAACAAUUCCCCAUAAAGAAGUUUCCGGUACUAGCUCACAAAGAAUGGUUUGUAUCGACAAAACUUUUGGAAAAGAAAAACGAAUAGAGUCAUUUAACAAUAAAGUAUUGGCAAAGAAUAAACAAUCAUCUCCGGCUAAUCAAUUAGUUAAUACUCUUCAACAUCAAAAGGGAAAAGAAAUGGACGGCUCGGAACAUUUAUCAACGUGCAGUACAGCCCUAAAGAAAAAGGAAAUCACUCAACCUCAAGCAGCGUCUCCCCUUUUGGAUAUGAAAUUUGAGAGGAUAAACAAAUACCACCCAAGAAAUCAGCAACAAGUAAAAGGAAAAGGACGACGUCAAAGUAUAGCACGAGUAGUUCUAAAAGGAAAUAAAAUCUCCAUAUCAGAGAAAAUAUCAUUAAAAAACAAUUAA